GAACGCAGCAGCACCCUGGUCUGAGCGGGUCUGGACUCUGGAAGUUGGACUACGUCAACAGGAGCGCGCAGAGACCGUCCCAGCCCUCAGAGGAGAGCUGAGCAGAGGCGGCGCGCUCCAGAAAACAUCCCCAAAUGUCGACAGAGGGAGACGGCUCUGCGCGUUUGUCUCCUGCAAGGUGGACACGGCUCCUCCGUGCGUAAUUACGCACUGAACACGGACUAGAACGCGUUUUUUCUUCUUCACCACCACCACCACCACCAAAAGAGAAAAAAAAGAAGAUGUUGGCCAGAAAAAGCAUCAUCCCGGAGGAGUUCGGUCUGCCCGGGCUCGCCUCACGGUUGCCCCGCAAACCGGUGUUCAGGGACCGCGUGAACAAAGCGCGCUUUAUCGCCAAGAACGGCUCGUGCAACCUGGCGCACAAGAACAUCCGCGAGCAGGGUCGGUUCCUGCAGGACGUGUUCACCACGCUCGUGGACCUGAAAUGGCGUUUCACGCUCGUCAUCUUCACCACGACGUUUGUCAGCAGCUGGCUGCUGUUCGCCAUGAGCUGGUGGCUGGUGGCGUUUGCGCACGGAGACCUGGACCCGGAUCGGUCGAACGGGACGCACUGCGUCACGGAGGUCAAGUCGUUCACGUCGGCCUUCCUGUUCUCCAUCGAGGUUCAGGUGACCAUCGGCUUCGGAACACGUAUGAUAACCGAACAGUGUCCGACCGCCAUCACCGUCCUCAUCAUGCAGAACAUCGCGGGACUCAUCAUCAGUGCCGUCAUGCUGGGUUGCAUCUUCAUGAAGACGGCUCAGUCGAACCGUCGAGCUGAGACGCUCAUCUUCAGCCGCCACGCCGUGAUCGCCGUCAGAAACAACCGGCUGUGUUUUAUGAUUCGUAUCGGAGAUCUGAGGAAGAGCAUGAUCAUCGGAGCGACCGUCAGGUUACAGGUGGUGAGGAAGACGACCACACCUGAGGGGGAGGUGAUCCCCAUCCAUCAGAUCGACAUCCAGACAGAGAGCGCUGUGGCGAGCAACAGCUUGUUCCUUCUCGCGCCGCUCAUCAUCUGCCACAUCAUCGACAAAAACAGCCCGCUGUACGACCUGUCGGCCAUGGAGCUGCAGUGCAGCGACCUGGAGGUCAUCGUCAUCUUGGAGGGAGUCGUGGAGACCACGGGGAUCACCACGCAGGCCCGGACCUCCUACGUCUCCGAGGAGAUCCAGUGGGGUCACCGCUUCGUCCCCAUAGUAACGGAGGAGGAGGGCGUGUACUCGGUGGACUACUCCAAGUUUGGCAACACGGUCAAGGUGGCGACGCCGCGCUGCAGCGCCAGAGAACUGGACGAGAAGCCGUCCAUCUUGAUCCAGACUCUGCAGAAGAGCGAGCUGUCGCACCAGAACUCGCUGAGGAAGCGCAACUCCAUGCGACGCAACAACUCCAUGCGCAAAGGCGCGGGGAGCAGCGGCAACCUGCGCAGGAACAACUCGGGACUCGUCAUGCCCAAAGUCCAGUUCUUCACCCCGAGCGAUGGAGGCCAGACCCUGAACGCCGUCACCUGACAUGAGGCCUGCCUCCUGCUGGCUGCCCUGCUCCUCCUGGUGGGAAGGAGGGUCGUGGGUGUUGGUGUAUCUCCUGCUCUGAUGGGACUCGUUCUUUUUCUGUUCCCCGCCUUAUCUAGACUUGUCUCCCAACACUUUUGCUCUUAAUGUUACCUCAUGUUUAGUAAUUUAGCUCGUGUCAGCGUCUACCUUCCAGUGAACACGGCUGGACCCGGGACAGAACACACCCUCUGAAACCAGCAGUGUCCAGUACAGUCACCUACCGAGGCGGUUUUCUUGCCGAGUUUGGAGUUAAAUCAGUUAACGGUUCACUACUUAUCAAUCUUUCCGUCAUGAAGUCUGUAAAUCACCUCGGUACCGUAAAAGCAGCAAAUAUAUUGUGUAUAAAAUCUGAUCUAAGUUCUAAAGUUCUGCUUUUGUACAGUAAUCAGUGAGGCCUCACAAUCACUCAUAAUAUUUUCCAUUCAUCAUCAUUGAAGCAAUAAUUACAAACAAUCUAAUUUACUGUUGGAUGUGGGAGAUGUUUCCUUCUUAUUGGUUAAAGUCACAGUUUAACUGUGGCAGUCAUUCACUGUACUGUACAUGUGUGUUUUUCACUUUAUUUUGUCGUUUGUGAUGUUAGAGAAUAAAUGCACUCACUUCAUCAGGACGUGGUUUCAAUGUCUGAAUAAAAAACAAACAAAUGCCCCCAAAAAACGAGAAUCUAAACCAA